AUGGUGUCCAAUACUGCUACUUUGUCUAAAUACGCCAACCUUGACCAGCGCGGAAAGGUCCUGGCCGAAUACAUCUGGAUCGAUGGUACCAAUAACAUGCGAUCCAAGUGUAAGACACUUGAUAGCCUCCCCAAGUCCGUCGACGAGCUCCCCGAGUGGAACUUUGACGGUUCUUCCACUGAGCAGGCCCCCGGUGACAACUCCGACAUCUACCUGCGCCCCGUCGCCAUCUACCGUGAUCCUUUCCGCGGUGGCGACAAUAUUCUCGUUCUUGCAGAGUGCUGGAACAACGACGGUACUCCCAACAAGACCAACUACCGCCACGAGUGCGCCAAGUUGAUGGAGGCCCACAAGGAUCAGGAGAUCUGGUUCGGCAUUGAGCAGGAGUACACCCUGCUCGAUAAGUACGACAACAUCUACGGAUGGCCCAAGGGAGGCUUCCCUGCUCCUCAGGGCCCUUACUACUGUGGUGUCGGUACCGGCAAAGUCAACUGCCGUGACAUCGUGGAGGCCCACUACAAGGCCUGCUUGUACGCCGGCAUCGACAUCUCUGGUGUCAACGCCGAGGUUAUGCCUUCCCAGUGGGAGUACCAAGUUGGUCCCUGUGAGGGUAUCAGCAUGGGUGACGAGCUGACUGUUUCCCGGUAUAUGCUCCACCGUGUUGGUGAAGACUUUGGCGUCAAGGUCACAUUCCACCCCAAACCUCUUAAGGGUGACUGGAACGGUGCCGGCUGCCACACCAACGUCUCCACCAGAGACAUGCGUGCUGAGGGUGGUAUCAAGGCUAUCGAAAACGCCAUUGAAAAGCUUUCUAAGCGCCACGCCGAGCACAUUGCUGUCUACGGUGAGGACAACGAGCAGCGUCUGACUGGCCGCCACGAGACUGCCUCCAUGGAGUGCUUCUCCUCCGGUGUCGCCAACCGUGGUGCCUCUGUCCGUAUCCCUCGCUCCGUUGCUAAGGAAGGCAAGGGCUACUUUGAGGACCGUCGUCCUGCUUCCAACAUCGAUCCUUACUUGGUCACUGGUAUCAUCACCGAGACUAUCUGCGGUCAAAUCCCUGACGCAGAUAUGUACCAGAGCUACCAGAAGGAGUAA